UCUGAGAAUGCAGUGACUCGGUCCAGGGAGCUGAUGAUUGAUAUAGAGCCCCCUCCUAUAGAGUCUGAGCCAAGCGCUCAUAAGCAAAAUGAGGUGAACUCUACUAUCGACUUCGGCUUGGAUGAUGGCCACAAGGAGAUAGCAACGCAGCUAUCCGAACUGAGACUGGAAUGCGAGGAUCACGGUGUUGAACUGGUCCAAUACGAAACUGAAACUACCCUCGCCAGGAUUAUCGAGCUUAUCACCAAGGAUCUCUCAGAGCCCUACUCCAUCUAUACUUAUAGAUAUUUCAUCCACAACUGGCCCUUUCUCUGCUUCAUGGCUAAAGUAGAAGGGGAGAUAGUGGGAGCGAUAGUGUGUAAAUUAGACGAGCACAAAAAGGGGAGUUACCGGGGUUACAUAGCAAUGUUGGCUGUCGACAAGAAUCAUCGGCGGAAAAAAAUAGGGUCAUCGUUGGUACAGAAAGCUAUCCAAACAAUGAUUGACCACAAAUGCGAAGAGGUGGUUCUAGAGACGGAGAUAACAAAUCAAGCAGCUCUUAAUUUGUACCAACAAUUGGGUUUUGUCAGAGAUAAACGUCUUCUCAAAUACUACUUGAACGGUGUUGAUGCUUUUAGAUUAAAGCUGUGGCUGAAAUGACGAUCCGUCGAAAGAUCAAGAUGUACAGAUUUGUCAAUCUCAAGUGUUCAGUUUUAUGAUUUUCUAUCCGGCUGGAAUUUCGGUUAGAAAAGUCAAAAGUGAUGAGGCAGCCGUUAAAACGAAGAACGAUGUCACAAUUCAGUUUAUGCGUAACUCUUUAGUACGAAGAAAAGGAUGCCUCUGAACCAGGCAUUGGAAUGGUGUCCCGUUUUGAAUUAUGUUGAUUUAACUUAUUUGGUAGAUAACUUAAGUGGGGAUUUUGUGUAGUAGUGUUUAUCUUGUAUUGUUAUGUUUCUGUUCGUCUUAGCGUUUUGGCCCCUAAGUUUUGUUCCGCCAGUUUCCGGUCUUGUAGGGUUAUAAUUUUGUAAAUUAUUUUCCAACUGAUGAUAUAAAUCAAAUUUGAGUGCUUA